AGCUGUACAUCUCUGUGAACAUUCACAGUAUUGCCCUCACCUGCCCUCAAGAACAUUCAGUCUACACGGUUUUGCCAGAUCACAACAUGGAAGUGUCUGGAGAUUCACCUUUUUGGGGAGAGGUAGCACCUUGUUGUUUCCUUACCAUAAGAGUGAUCAGAGCAAGGAAUCUCCGGAAAGCCGAUAUGUUAAGCCAUCCUGACUGCUACUCGAAGCUGCAACUGCCAACUGCUUCUUCUGCACAGUUCCAGACAAAGACCAUUCACAACUGCAAAGACCCUGUCUGGAAUGAAACUUUUCAUUUCAUGGUGCAGUCCAAAGUAAAGAAUGUGUUGGAGCUGAGUGUUCAUGAUGAUGAUGUCUGUCAAGAUGACCAGCUUUUCACUGUACGCUUUGAUAUCGCAAAACUCCCACUGAACGAAAAAGUACUCAUGCGUUUUAACUGUGACAAAAAGGAACACGAGGAGCUGGAAUUAGAAUUUGAGUUACUGCAUAGAUCAAGAUUUUCUGAAAUAAUCAUUACAAAUGGAGUUCUUCUGUCUCGACAAGUCCGCUGUUUGGAGGUCGAAGUGGAGAAGAAAAAAGAGCAAAACUCAAAAAAAAGACUGUAUCUUAUUGCAAAAGGAUCUCAUGAAGAGCAUAAGGAAUUUAGUUUGGGUUUUGCCUUCUGUAUGAAAACUACAUUUCACUAUAUUAAAUAUAAACAUCCAACAUUGGAUAUUAGAUUACCAAAGGAGGAUCUAAAUUAUUUAUUUGGGCCAUGUUUUUAUAAUAAAGAAGAAAAAUCUGUAAAAGUGGAAGUAAAUUCAAUUCCUCAGAACAAGAAAAUAGUAUUAGCUGAGAAUAAGAAAUUUGCUUUGCAUGCGAAGACAGAAGACUGUAAGACCAAUCUUGACCUCCGCUUGGGAUAUGACCUUUGUUCACAAGAGCAAGAUUUUUUACACAAAAGAAAGAACAUUGUCACUAGUGCCUUGAAGAAGGUUCUCAAACUAGAAAAGGACCUACAGGAUCAUGAGGUUCCGGUAAUUGCAAUCAUGACAACAGGGGGCAGUAUGCGGUCACUGACUGCAUGCUUUGGAAGUCUCCGAGGCCUUCAGAAGCUCAAUCUCCUAGACUGUGCUACAUACAUGAGUGGAUUGUCGGGCACAACCUGGACCAUGGCAAAGUUGUACAAAGAUGCGCACUGGUCAAGAAAGAAUCUAGAUGAGAAAAUCAAUGAGGCUAAAAGACACGUAACUAAGAGCAAACUGAAUGGUUUUUCCAUGGAGCGUUUGAAAUAUUACAACAGGCAAUUGCGACAUCGGAAACAAGAAGGACAAAAAACAUCCUGCAUAGAUCUGUGGGGCCUCCUUAUUGAAUAUACAUUGAAUGACGGGAAAGACAACCAUAAACUUUCUGAUCAACAACAAGCAGUGAAUGAGGGGCAGAAUCCUUUCCCUAUUUACACUGCCAUCAAUGUAAAGGAGAAGUACAGCACUAUGGAUUUCAAGGAAUGGAUGGAAUUCACACCUUACGAAGUGGGAAUACUAAAAUAUGGAGCUUUUGUUCGGACUGAAGAUUUUGGUAGUGAAUUCUUUAUGGGGCAUCUAAUGAAAAAGCUACCAGAGACUCGGAUCUCUUAUUUGCAAGGCAUGUGGAGCAGCGCAUUUUCCUUUAAUCUGCUGUAUAUCUGGAAUAUAAGUCACAGUUCUGAAGAUUUUUGGCACAAAUGGACUCAAGAUCAAAUUGUGAAUAUUGAUGAAGAGCCUAAUUUAACUAUGGAAACACAUGAGCAGAAGACAUAUCUCUACACCCCAGCUGGACCGCUAUCCUCUGCUUUUAGAGAUGUCCUAACAGAUCGCUUAACAGUUGCCCAAUACCACAAUUUCAUCAAAGGUCUCCAGCUAAACAGUAGUUACCUUGAGAAUGAAAACUUCUGUAGAUGGAAAGACACUGUACUAGACUCUUCUUCACCCAAUCAAUUAACACAAACAGAAGAAUAUUUGUCUCUGGAAGAUACUGGAUUCUUCAUCAACACUAGUUCUGCUCCUCUGCUGAGACCAGAAAGAAAGGUGGAUGUUAUCCUACAUUUAAAUUACAGUGCAGGUUCACAAUCACGGCCCCUGAAGCAAUCAUACAACUACUAUGCAGAGCAAGGAAUCCCAUUUCCCAAAGCUGUCCUGAAGGAUGAUGACAAACAUCUGAAGGAAUGCUAUUUAUUUGAAGAUGCUGAGAAUCCAGCAGCACCAAUAUUAUUGUUCUUCCCACAAGUGAAUGAUACUUUUCGCUACUAUAAAGCCCCAGGUGUCAAACGCUCUGAGUCAGAAAUGAAAUAUGGUGAGGUUGACAUCUCCAGUAUCAGCACUCCAUACUCAACGUACUCAAUGACAUUCACUAAGGAAGAAUAUGAUCAGCUGAUAGAAUUGAGUGAAUACAAUGUUCUAAAUAACCAACAUCUGAUCCUGCAGGCACUGGAUAGGGCAGUGGAACGGAAAAAACAUCCUUAAGAAACAAUCAAUUUCUCUGUGUCCCUGUAAAGCAGGGCUCUCCAACCUUAGCAACUUUAAGACUAGUGGUUUUCAACUCCCAGAAUUGAACUGGGAGUUUAAGUCUACAAGUCUUAAAGUUGCCAAGGUUGGAGACCCCUGCUGUAAAAAAUGUGAGGUGGAAUGUAGUUGUACAUAUGUUGAGAGUUCAGGAAUCUAAGCCAAUUGUCAAGGUUCCAGAAAAACCUCUUCUGCAUAAAAAAAACUCAGAAGCCAUUGUCUUUCAGAGUUCUUUACUAGCAUGAGGAAACUGGCACACGAUGAGUGAAAUUUCAAAACUGAACUUCCGGAUUCUUUUCCCAGUUAUGCAAACCCCAAGAGUCCCACCCGCCUAACCCCUUUGCUGGUCACAUGGUCCCACGUUCUCCCAGUUCAUUCGAAUAUCUUCUCGCCACUCCUCCUGCAGAUGUGAACACCAUCCGACCUUGAUUGCUUGAAGAAUGUUACCAUACCCUCAACCCCCCUUCUUCCCCUCAGGGGAAAAAUGUGGCAGCGUCUGGAACCCUAAAGUCUAGUAUGGUUUCCAGGCCUGACACCAAUUCCAUUUUGACUCCAACAAGAAACUGUCUGAAGUCCUCCUUUCCUAAUUUUUUUCAGGACUAGCUAGUGGUGCAAGUCAAUGUAUCAGACUUCUACAAACAAGAAUCCAUCUGAUCAAUUUCCCUAUUUUGAGGUAUCAUUAGUAUAAUACUGUGCUCUUUAUGAUGUAGAUACCAGUUCUGAGCUUUAUGUCUAAGUUUGUGGCUACCAUGGGACACAUUAGAAGCUGUCUUCAAUAUUCACUCAUGAUGCUUAUAGCACAUUACUCAGAUAUAAGACACCAUUCAACUGAAAUGGAAAUUCAAAAAAAGUUAGUUAUACUACCAAGUUUCAAAGAUCAAGGACAUCUGAUUAACAGUUAGCAUGCUACACAAAUAUUAUCCAUCCUAUGUGAUACACAAUUAUUAGAAAGGUAAGCCUGCCUGGAACCCUCACCACAUUUCUGAUAUCAAUACAAUUGAACGUGUCCAGAAAUAUUUUACAAGAAGAGUUCUUCAUUCCUCUGAAAACAACAAAAUACCUUAUCCCACCAGACUCGAAAUCCUAGGCUUAGAAAACUUGGAACUCCGUCGCCUUCGACAAGACCUAAGUUUAAUUCAUAGAAUCAUCUAUUGUAAUGUCCUUCCUGUUAAAGACUACUUCAGCUUUAAUUGCAAUAAUACAAGAGCAACCAAUAGAUUUAAACUUAAUGUUAACCGCUUUAAUCUAGAUUGCACAAAAUAUGACUUCUGUAACAGAAUCAUCAGUGCUUGGAAUAAUUUACCCGACUCUGUGGUCUCUUCCCAUAAUCCCAAAAGCUUUAACCAAAAACUUUCUAAUAUUGACCUCACCCCAUUCCUAAGAGGACCAUAAGGGGCGUGCAUAAGUGCACAAACGUGCCUACCAUUCCUGUCCUAUUGUU